AAAACCCCUGCGCUCUGCGCCUUUACAAAAGCCCUCAACAUCACUCCUAGCGUCUACUCUUAGUACUACUGCUGAGCAGCUGGAUGGAGCGAUCCUCUGGUACCAAAAAAGCUAGGGGACGGUCGGAGGAGCCUCCGGUGAGGCGCAAAACCCCGCGUCGCAACGACGAAGGAGACAAGAUGGCCGUAGAGAAAAAGGCCGGACAGUCGUCCUCCUUCAUCAAGCCCAGACCGUACCAGGUGGAGCUCCUGGAAGACGCUCUCUGCGAGAACACGAUCGUGAACCUCGGUACGGGCGCCGGGAAGACGUUCAUCGCAGUGAUGCUCAUCAAGGAGCUGUCGUUCCAGAUACUGGAGCGACCCUUCACCCACACCGCCAAAAGAACCGUCUUUCUUGUCACCACUGUUCCAUUGGUGAAGCAGCAGGCAGAGUACUUGGAAACACACACGAUGCUGGACGUGGGGCAGUAUAUUGGGGCCAUGAAUGUGGACAGCUGGACCAGAGACAAGUGGCGCGAGGAGCUGAGUAGCCACCACAUCCUCGUCAUGACCCACACCAUCUUCCUCAACAUGCUCCACGCCGGUUUCAUCCACCUGCGAAACGUGAAUCUCCUGGUGUUUGACGAGUGCCACCACGCCGUAAAGAAUCACGUGUACGUCCAGAUCAUGAAGGUCUUUGAUUCGGUCCCCGACUUUGACGACCACCCUCGUAUUCUCGGUCUCUCCGCAUCGCUACUCCCCAACAAGUGUAAACCGGGGGAACUGGUGAAGCAGAUUAAAGAGCUGGAGACGAGGCUCAAAUGUCGGAGUCAGACGGCCAGGGAUUAUGAAGCGGUGGCUCUCCAUGCGACAGAUCCAGAGGAGACGGCGCUGGUCUACUGCUCCAGCCCUCUUCCACACUUACACGAGCACACAGUCGAGCUCCAGAGAAUCCUGACCGAGCCACUCGGGUUCCUCGAACGUCUCCCCAGAGACCAGAGAGACGACGUGUGCUACCGGAUUGCAAAGGUGACUUUGGACGACUGUCUCCACAUACUCGAGAACCUGGGCAUCUGGUGUGCCCGGAACUGCGCCGAACAGUGCUUCGAGGGUUUGAGCAACAUUCUCUCGUCACCGGAGUCUGUUCUUCUGGAGCCUCAACAGAAAGCUCUCCUGGGCCUGGCGCUCACAAACAUCGACCUGUUUCUGAAAAAAGCAAGAGAGCUUCACAGUUUCGACGACAUUGACGUCACCUACAAAGUUCAGGUUCUCCUCGAAUGCCUCAAAGAGGAGCUCGGUGGUGGUGGUGGUGGUGGUGGUGGUGGUGCAGCUGCCUGGCAGAGAAGGAAAGGCAAGAUGCUGGGCAUCGUGUUUGUGGAACGCCGAAUGACCGCCCUGCUUCUGAAGCGUAUGCUUGACCUCCUCACCCCAAGUAACUCCGGUUUGGCUGCCAUCAGGUGUGACUACAUCGUGGGCCAUAACGCCAUUAAGAAUUUCACGAGCAUCCGUCGAGAGUCUCAUAUGAACGUCAAGAAACAGGACGAAGUCCUCGAAAAGUUUCGGAGGGAGAAAAUCAAUCUUCUCAUCGCGACCAGCGUUGUGGAGGAAGGGAUCGACGUUCCUCGGUGUAACCUAGUGAUCCGGUUCGAUUUCCCACCUAACUUGCGCUCCUACGUCCAGUCGAAGGGACGUGCCAGGGCCAAACCCUCCAAGUACAUCCUUAUGAUUGAAGACGAGAAGGAAGUUAAAGCCAGGAGCGAUCUCUAUGGCUACCAAAUAGUGGAGAAGGAGCUGCGGACUCUCUGUCUCGAUCGAAAUCCUCCCGAAGACGAAGAGUUUCUGAAGUUUCUGGAAUUGGACGAGUGCAACAUUUACGCUCCCUUUGGUCUCGACGCUGGUGUCCGCGCCACUCUCAGCUCGAGCCUCUCCUUUCUCUACAAGUAUUGCCAGAAGUUUUCAGACAAGUUCACGUCGUUUUCCCCCAUCUUUGAGCACGAAUCCAGACUAGCUCUAGCGGACCGCCCACAGCUAAAACUGAGUGCAGGAGAAACGGAGUUUCGGAGCACCGUCCAGUUGCCCAUCAGCUGUCCCAUCAGGGAGAAAAUCACUGGUCACUGGAUGCCCAAGAGUCGUAUUGCAGACAAGUCGGCAGCUCUGCAGGCGAUUCGAGAGCUCCACGGGAGGGGAGAGUUGGACGAACACCUCAAGCCAGUCACCAGAGAUCCCGACUCGGACGGAGAAGAUGAGGAGGAGGAGGGACAGAAGGAGAAACAUGCCGGGACAGAGAAGAGGGCUAAAUACUACAGAGAUGAGGUGGCGAGUGGACUGAGAGAUGCACUACCAGUGACAGGGUCAGGGAACUACCUCUACGUUCUCCUGAUGGAGGAGGCCGACUCUGACAUACACAAGUUCCCCUUCUCCCGCCAGCCUCCCCAAGGCCCCCACUCUGGCUUUGGCAUUCUCACCAGGAACCCCCUGCCGCACCAACAGAUCCCAGAGUUCACACUGUAUGAGAAGAAGAUGGAGAUCAGAGUGAAACUGGUGGAGCUGCCGUCCAGAGUCACGGCAGUGUCCGAGACUGAGCUCGAGGUCCUGAAACAGUCUCACAGAGCCCUGUUUGAUAGCGUCCUCAGAAUCAGCUCUCCACUCCUCUCCUGCUCGUUCCAAGAGGCAGCAGGCAGCGUACUCGUGGUUCCCAUCAACUUGUGGCAGAUGCAGAGUCCUCCGCUAGCUCACAUAGACUUUGAAAUGGCCAGGAAAGUGAUUGCAUGUGGCAACAGCCACCUCGACCCACCUGAGCUUCCCUUUACCUUCGACGAUGUGGUCGUGACAAAGGUUUACGAGGAACGUGUAGGUCUACUGGAGGUAUUGAGUGUUAAUGAAGGGGUCACCCCCGGUGACAAUUUCCCGAGUGACAUGUACACUUCGUACGCCGACUACUUCCAGAGGAAGUACAACGUGAUGAUCGGUGAUUUGAGCCAACCUGCGCUGGAGUGCAGGAGGAUUAGCUUGAUCGAGUCUCGACUAAACGUGAUCAAAUCUCGGUACAAGGACACUCACGGAGGAGAGUUGGCCCAGACCUCUGACGAAGCCAGCCUCCACACCGAGACUCUGUUUGCUGAUGUAAUCCGCUUCUACCCACUGCCCGCCAGCUUCGUAAAGGUUGUGCGCUGUCUCCCCUCCUUGCUCUUUCGCGUCGAGAGUCUUCUUCGUGUCGACGACCUGCGCUCAGAGGUGGCGCUUGCUACUGGCAUUGGGAGAACCAGGACGACAAAAACGGAGCUCCGAGGGUACGAGGACUACGGUCUGGGGAAACUGGAGACACAGUGGAACUUGGACAGCGACUCAGUGGCCGCCACCUGCCCCUGCUCAAACGACCCCGUUAGUGUCCGCGGACCCGGCAACGCUCUCUCUUGCAGGCCGUGACGCUAAAGUCUGCCAACGACUCCAUUAACAACGAGAGACUGGAAACUCUCGGGGAUUCCUUCCUCAAGUUUGCCACGUCUGUCUUCCUUUACUGUGAGCGUCCGAAUGCCUAUGAAGGAAGACUCACAUCUGCAAGGAUGAGACGUAUUGGGAACUUGAACCUCUUUCGACUGGCGAAACAACGGAACAUGGUGGGCAAAAUCCUCUCCAAGGCUUUUCAGCCGACCGGAGGCUGGGUGCCUCCGUGUUUCAUCUUCAGUGAGCAGGACAUGGGAGGUGGGCAGGAGCUAGGAGGGAGCGAGGGAGUGACAGCAAGUGAAGUCUCAGAGUCCAAGCGUCAGUACGUCUACCACAAGAUUACAGACAAGGGAGUUGCUGAUUUCAUGGAGAGUCUAUUUGGAGCCUACCUGGUGGCUGGAGGGAUCGAGGCAGCUCUGCGGUUCAUGAAGUGGAUCGGACUCAAAAUCGUCAGACGCAGACCUGAGGAAGACGCGGAGUUGUCAGAAGGAGAGCUUGAAGCAGGCUCCUCGACGGAAUCCCUAGGAGCUCCGCGUUCGAAACAUGCCAGACUUUCUCCCGAAGAUAUUUCCAGUGGAAGAAGAUGGGAACCUUCUCGUGAGUCGCUCGCCGGAGAUUCUAGGGCGACACUUUGGCCCUCCUCCGCCGUCGCUGUUUGACCCGGCCCAGAGGGCCACAGUGGACAGACUACUCCAGAUCAGCACAGGGCGAGGUGAGGUCCUCCCAUGGAGGUUCAGGGAUAGGGCCCUCCUCCUCCAGGCCCUGACACACGCCUCCUACCAGAAAAACAGGGUCACCGACUGCUACCAACGUCUCGAGUUCCUCGGAGACGCCGUCCUUGACUACCUUAUCACCACUCAGAUCUACGAGAGGUUCCCGGACUUUGACCCCGGCAAGAUUACGGACAUGCGCUCGGCCCUCGUGAACAACAACCUGUUUGCGGAGCUGGCGGUGAAGCUGGGGCUGCAGAAACUGCUCCUCCACUGCUCCCCAGUCCUCUUCAGAGUCAUUCAAGAGUACGAGAGAUUCCUGGCAGAACGCGGGGAAGACCAAGAGCCUAUAGUGACAGGAGGGACAGACUCUGACAGUGAGGGGGAAGAGGAAGAGGGUGAUGAUGAUGAUGAUGAUGAUGAUGAUGUGGAGCCUCCGAAGGUCCUGGGAGAUAUUCUGGAGAGUCUUGCCGGAGCGGUCUUCAUGGACAGUGGCAUGGACCUCCAGGCCGUCUGGAGCUGUCUCGGACCUCUCUUUGAGGAGAAGAUCGAGAAGUUCAAAGACGACAUACCGAUGCCACGAUAAAGAAACUUCACCAGUCAUUUGAUGUGGACGUCAAAUUAACCCCAGCAAGUCAAGGGAAAGUCUGCUGCACUAUCAGACACAAAGGAGUUGUAGUGGCUACUGAGAAGGCAGGAUCUCGCAAGGCAGCAAAGAACAAGGCAGCCCGGGUAGCCUUGCGUAAACUAUCCCAAUAAACGUUGGUAACUGUGAGUAUUUUGAUCAUGUAGCUACUACAGUUUGAAACUUUUUAUUAACCACUAUGUAUAUUAUAGCCCAUAUUUUUGUAGCUCAAUUUCAUAGUGUGUGUGGCACAAUAGGGUUAAAAAAUUUUGUAUGAUAUUUAGGAUUGCUAUGAAAUGUGGUGUAACCAAUUGGACAAUAGAGUGUCUGAGAAGGUUGGCUUGUUUCUGAAGUACUGAUGAUAGCUUGAUGAUGGGAGGAUCCUCUCAAAUGAGCCUAAACGUUUUUCCUGGGCAGAUCAUUUCAAGGUUUCAUCCUUUCU